ACCUGUAAAGGCUCUGCGAGGUCUAAAUAUAAAAUUCACAUAAAAAUAACUAAUGCAGGUAAAAUGCCGCAAUGCGUUGCACGCUUGGAUGUACACGCGAUAAUUCAGAACUUGAAAUGUGUCCCGCUUAAUUCAAUAUUCCUCUGCUUGCUCAAUGUUUAGCUUAGUUCAAACUUCGAAGUUUGUUUUGCAUCAAAAUAUAUACGUUUUUGCUAACAUUUUCUGAGGUUAUACUUGGACUUUAUCAGUUUUAACUAAAUAAUGGCAGUACAAAAUAAAGUUUUAUACGCUUUCCGAGGAUGGAUAGCAUUUGUUGCUUUUAUGGAUAUGGGCACAGCCGGUCGAUCUUACAUAGAAAAGCGAUCGUUUCUUAGCAACAACAGUGAUGACGAACAUUUUGAUGGUGCAAUUUCGAGGAUGCUGGGCAUGUUUUCAGUGUUGAAGGCUCUAGCUCUGAUUCACUGUACAUUGUACAUACACUACAGACCAGUUGUGUCUAUGGGCUACUGGUCCCUCAUGCUGGCCAUAGUGCUGUACUUCUCCGAGGCGUUCUAUUUCCAUUCUACGACUCUCAACUUCUAUGUGGUGUUCCCCUGUGUACUCAACAUUUUAACUCUUCUGGGCUUGGUCUACCUGCCAUCGAAAUUAAAACUCUGGGGCACUGUGCCUGGCACGUCGGGAAUGGAGAGAGACGUUGACGAUGAGAACGUACAGCUGUUGCGACAAAUGGGGAACUUUAGACGACGGAAAGCUGGCAACCCCGUGAAGAACAAGCAUGUCUGAUCGACGUAUGUCGUUUUGUUUUGACGUUUGUAACGAGAUUAUUGGUUUUUUCUUUAUAAAGGACGUGUCGUAUCCACUAGGCAACAUUUGCGCGCAACACGUGCCGUUCAACAUUUCAGCCGCGCAACGUUGUCCAUCAGCGCGCGACGUUGCCAACUCGCGCGCGUCAUUACGCCAGGCUUGUUGUUUGUUUCCGUGCAACAUACAGUUGAGCAUAAAUUAUAACCACUGCCGCUGAAAUCAAAACUCGUUCCUCUGGCGACAUGUUGUCUAGUGGAUACGAGGCCUAAUUAGUCUGGUUGAUGCUUUUCCAAGCCAAGAUUCCCUUCCUCUUCCACUGUCCUUCGGAGAACCGUACGAACACAUUCUCCUUCGUUAUAUAUGAACCUGGUAUAAGAUACUUGCGGCGACGUCGUGUGUUCGUUGACCCAUGCAUCAAAACUCCUCUUACUGUCAGCUAGUGGUGAAUGUUCAACCUGUUUAAGUAAUAUAAUAUUUGUUUUUGACGUGAAACUUCUUUAUUGACGUAUGAGAUACAUUUUAUAGCAAUUCGUCACGAUUUUCGGUUACGCGCCAUGUUGGUUUUUUUUUAUCAAAUAUAUCUUGUGCUCGUAGUGCGUGUCUGGACAGGGCGCGGGGUGCGCCGGUGGUGAUGACGAGCACGGUAUGACUGACACUAUGUCACCAUUGGUGUCCAUGGGUGCACAAAAUGUACCCACAAUGUCCACUACAUGAUCAUCGGCACUAUGGAUCUUAGUAUUUUCUUUGAUUAAAGCGAGUGUUACACAUUUAAAUAAAAUACUUUUAAAGGAUUAAAACGCGUGUAAUUGUAACGGUUUUACAUUACUACGGUUUUUAUUAUAACGGUCUUAUUGAGAGAUGCGUUUAAGAACACGGGUUUCCACGUAGGUGGCAGAGCCAAACCCUUGUCUCUAUUAAAAUUAAGGUCGAUUUCUAUGGUUUCCAAAAGCUUACCAGACACAAGUUUUUUAUCGCUGGCCAAAUCUUUCACCCUAUCGAAUCUAAUGUAAUGUGACGUGUCGGAGUUUAGGGCAUGCUCUGCCACUACCGAGGUGUUGCUGUCCAAAUUUCGUGCACUGCAGAUGUGCUCAGUAAGUCUGGUUCACCAAAACGUCCGCAGUAAGAGAUGGGACCUUCGGGCCUCAUGAACUCUUAUUGCGAUUCAAUUGACAACCUAAAAUGAACUGCUUUGCUAUUUCGUACCACGACGUGAUUAGAGCUAUCUAAUUUAGGUUGACGUCAAAUGAACUGAUUAAUUCGCAAUGAUGUCAAUUGAAUGUCAAAAAUGAUAUCAACUGAAUCGCAAACUGAUUUAGUUCGUUCAUUCAUUCAUACCAUGAGGUGUUAUUUCAACCUAAACUAGAUAGCUUAUUUGUCAAAGUGACCGAUUCGAAAAAAGUUGCUACUUCCUCAGAGGAAAGUGAAUCGCGUUGUUAAUAACUUUAAAAAAAUAGUGAAAACAUAGAAAAGAACAAUUUUAUUGAUUAAAGAUGAGAUGAGAAUACUUUAUUGGACUUUAUUGUAAAACAAAAUCCUGAAAAUAAAUACCAAAAAUGAAAAUACUAAAGACGAGGCAGUAAGGGCCCGGGCUAUAGCCUGUUCGCAAGAACGAAUUUAAAAAAAUGUACUCUGUGGUCCUGUCAAAUCAAACAUCAAUGGAGGUGCGUUCUUAACUCGUUAUUUUUACGAAAACACACAAGCAAACAUUUAAUUUGUAAUUCAAAGAACUCCAUUUAUUUAUAUUACUAUUAUUUAAUAAGUAUAAAAAAGGGCUUAAUAGUUUAUAAUUUGACGCAAUUGCGUAAUUUUAAAAUGUAUUUUUAGUAUUUUCUACGCAAAAAAACCGCUAAAAUCAUAUCAUUUUAGGUUUCGAAACACAAUUUUAUUUCGUUCAUUCUUCAUAAGCGAUCCAAACACCAUUCAGUAAAAGGCAUUUCAUGGUAAGAAUUUUAGUGAUUCAGUUUAGGUACCUUAACUGAACUGCAUCGGAUUCGCAUCGCUUAUUAGAAGUUGAUGGUAGGCCCUUUUAUCGCGAACCCAAUACACUCACCCCAAUGAAGGACCUCCGAAUGGUCCGAAACUAGUCGGUACCGACAACGAUAAAUCGUAAAUGAAGCCAUAUAAUAAGUAACGUAACAAUUGCUCACGAAAGUUUUAAUAAUUUAAUUAUGAAAUAGUUUUAAUUCUUAGAUCAUUUACGGCCUUUCCCAAUAUUCAGUCUAUCUCCGGUUGUGGCCUACUUGAGAUAAAAAUCGUAACUAUCGUUGACUUUUCUGUGCGAAUAAACUUAUCGACGUUAACUCACCUUAUCCGUACACGCUGUCUGUCAAUGGGACGACAUAUAGCUUAGCAGCGAUAGAAGUUUGUAUGGAAAUUGCAAUUCACGCGUCCCAAUAUAUAUAGAUUUUUUCUGUGUAGUUAUAAAUAUGUAGUAGAAAAGUUCUAUGUCGUAUAGAAGUUUUCCUUAUUACUUGUGUACUCUCCGUACACACAUUUUUUUUAAUGGAAGCGGGGGACAAAGGUCCAUACUAAUAAGACACCUAAUGGUAUGUUAUUAUGACGAUGCUUACGUUGCCAUAAAUCGUUGGUCGUAAAUUAUCGAUAUCGAUAUUUUUUUAUGAAAAUAGACUAGACGAGCAGGACGUCCAGCUGAUGGUAAUUGAUAAGCUCAACCCAUUACAAUGCAGUGUCGCUCAGGAUUCUUGAAAAACCCAAAAAAUUCUGAGCGGCACUGCAAUUGCGCUCGUCACCUUGAGACAUAAGAUGUUAAGUCUCAUUUGCCAAGUAAUUUCACUAGCUAGGACGCCCUUCAGACCGAAACACAUUAAUGUUUACAGAUUACUGAUACACGGCAGAAAUAGGCGCCGUUGUGGUACCAAUAAUCUAGCCAGCAUCUUAUGAAAAGGAUCCUCCCUAUAACCAUUACCUGAAUGUCCUUCUUGUCUCGUCCCUGAUAUUCAUUAAAAACACAAUUUCUAAUUUACUUGGAAUUUUGAAUCAAUUUGAAAUGAUUAUUUUAUUUCUCUCGUAGUCGCAGUGGAGUGCCACUCCGCUGCAGCCUCCAUUUCAGGUCAGAGCAUUAAUCAUGUCGACCUAGUUCGAUUUCGUUUCAAGUACUUAUUGGCGGUCUAAAGUAGUGUAUUCACUCACCAAGAUGUGUGACGCAAGCUAACCGUUCACAAUUAAGUAUAUUUAUUUAUAACUAGCUGGCCCGACAGACGUUGUUCUGUAUAUUAUAAUAAAUAAAAUAAUGUGUUUAUAUGAAUUUGUCAAUAAUAUAUCAUAACAUCAAAAAUUAUUUCGUAAAAUAUGCACCCAGCUGCUGUCGUAAUGAAAUUGUUUCACAGCAGAACUGUCAUACCGUGCGUCAAUAAAUUCUCUCAUAGAAAUUAUGUAUGGACACAUCAAAGGAAAAACAAAUUUGUUGUUUUUAUUUAAUUUACCAGCAUUUUCCUAUUUAUUCACAUUUUAAACCUUCUCUGGACUUCCACAAAUAAUUCAAGACCAAAAUUAGCCAAAUCGGGUCCAGCGAUUCUCGAGUUUUAGAGACUAACGAACAGCAAUUCAUUUAUAUAUAUAUAUAUAGAUUUCUUACAGUUUUUACGUUUUUGUUUGAUUCAAUACUAACUGACCCGAGAGACGGUGUUUUUCUAUAUGUUCUAAUGAUCAUACGGUCAUUGGACCAGUGGUUGAUAGUGGUACUUGUAUUUAUUAUUUUGUUUUUUGCUUCAGCUACCAUAAACCUAUUGUAUCAGUUUUAGAGAUUUCCGAUGAUGAUGCUGGCAAUGAAGAUGGUGAAAGACUCGUUUGAAAUUGUGGAUGGAAGUUGAAUUUUCUGAGAGAUAAACAGUGUUAAAUUUUUUUUUGUAAUAUAAAUUGUCAUUUUUGUUUACGAUAGCGCUAUAUAUGAAUACUAGUGGACCCAACAGACGUUGUCUUGUACACACGUCUUAAAUUUGCAAAAUCUGUCCAGCCGUUAGGAGGAGUUCAGUAACAUACACAUGAGCAGGAGAAUUAUAUUAUAUGGACGGAAUUGAGAAUCUAAACCAAUCUCAAAUUCACUGAAACACACAAAAAUAUCAUCAAAAUCGGUCCAGCCGUUUAGGAGGUAGUUCAAUUGUGAAUCUAAACCAUCCUCGAAUCCCCUUGAACUCACACAAAAAAUUUCAUCCAAAUCGGUCCAGCCGUCUAGGAGGAGUUCAGUGACAUACACACGCACACAAGAAUUAUAUAUAUAAAGAUUGUAUUUACCACAACAUGCUAGUACUUUUAUACUUUUAAAGCGAUUCGUACUAAAUUAUUCCCUAGCCAUUCCAAAAUAUUCUAAAAGGCACAACGUAAAUGUUCAAGUUUUCGCUUCUGCCAGCACUCGCGGACUGCAAUUCAUAUUUUUAGUCCUUCAAUCAUAUCGACUGUUGCAGAGAAUAGUGUAUAAAGAAUUAUUAUGUAUUUUGUGAAGUUGUCAUUUAACGUCGCAAUCGACUCGUUUAUUUGAGUCUUGAUGUUCUGUUAAGGCCAAUUCUAUUUGCGUUUGUUUUUUGUGAAUGGGGAAAAUUUGGUCCUUCGAACCGGAGAUUUUCGUCGUCGUGUAACUCUUUCAUAGAUUGAUGCAUAUUUAAACAUCAUUUUUUUUUCAUAAUUGAAUUCCACACAGCACUCUAGAGUCUUAAUUAGUGUAUACUCUUAUCUUAUUCCCUACACUAAUUAUAUUUAAGAUGAAGCGCACUUUAUGCAAGUUUUACUUUUUGCGCUUUUUUAUAUUCAUUCUAUGUAUCUUCAGACUUAGUUGUAUGACCUUCUUCAGAUGCAACGAAUUGUAUCGCGCGUGUUAUGUCAAUUUUGUAAUUGUAUUUCAACUAACGGAUUUGUCUAAACGAUGUCUGCCACGGGUAUACGUUUCGAGACAAAACUAUUAGUUAUAAAUGUUAUUGUCUAGUUUAAAAAUAGUAUUUUCUUUGACUAACGCGAGUGUUACACAUUUAAAGGAUUAAAACGCGUGUAAUUGUAACUGUGUUUUGAUAUUAGCUUUUCAGUUAACCCGACAUUUCAAGGCUUUUCCAGAUCUCGUUUUCAGGGGGACUGAAACGUAGGGUUAACUAAAAUAAAAAUGUAACUUUAACGCAAAAAUCUAAUGUAAAAACACAGUUACAGUUACACGCGUUUUAAUCCUUUAAAAGUGUUGUAUUUAAAUAGUAUAAGAUUAUAAACUGUUUUGAUAGUUUGAGUGAAUUGCGUUUUUUGUCAGCAAUAAUGUACGAUAGUGCCAAUAAUUAAAACCAAUAUAGGUAAGAUGCUCCAGUUCUAGCCACAUACUAAACUCAGAUUUCUUUAUUGUGCGCUUUAUCAGAAUUACCAUAACUUUUUAUGUAGGUUUUUUAAACUAAGUAAAAUAAUUUCAGUGUCCCUACCGGCCGUUCCCAAUAUUCACUAUAUCUCCGGUUGUGGCCUACUUGGGAUAAAAAUCAUAACUAUCGUUGAUAUUUCUGUUCUAAUAGACUUAUAGACGGUAACUCACCUGUCUGUCAAUGGGACGACCGCGACGUAUAGCUUAACAGCGAUAGAAGUUUGUAUGGAAAUUUCAAUUCACGCGUCCCAAUAUAAGGCGAUAAGAAUGACUUUAUUAAUUAAUUAAUGACAGUAGAUGAUAUUAAUUUAUCUCUAUCUGUAGAUAGUAUAUUGGGAACGGCUGUAAGUGGUUUAGUACUAGAACUGAAGCAUCUGCUCAACUUAUUCAUAUACACGUUUGUUAUUAGGAUCUCUAUUAAUUAUUAUAAAUAUAUUGUAGAGUAAAAGCUCUGUAUUCGGGCCAGAUGUACCAGAAGAUACGAAUGCAGAUACCGUAAAUACUAAAUAGCUGUUUAGGGAUUAUUAUUUUUAUGGGAGACUAGCUGACCCGGCAAACGUUAAGAGGCAUAAAAGGCAUUUAUUUUCUCGAAAUUGAUUCCUUUAUAAUUCUUUUUGAUGUCAUUUCUAAUAACUACUCGAUACUACUACCGCUUCGGAAACAAAUGGCGCUCUGAGAGAGAGGAAGCGGCGCGAGAAACUCUCCCAGCAUUCUUUUUGCGCUCUUUUCAAUAAAAACAUACAAAUUCAAUAUUCUACAGUCAUUUCUAUCGCUAUAAAAUAAUCACAAUGUAGGCCCAGGCUGUCCGAUCAUUUAGAUAUUCAGCAGUGGAGUAAUAGGAUUUACGACGGAGCCAUUUUUUUUAUAAAACGUUUAAAUUUAUUUAUAGAUAAUGCCUGAACAGUGGCUGGGACUUUAUAAUGAAGCCUACUAGAAUUAGUUACAAGCAAUCCCUUAUUUCUAGUGUUAUAACUAUGAAAAUUACUAUUAAGAGCGUUGUUUUGCCAUAUAAAAUAUUUUGAGAGUUAAACCGUCUCUUAGACAUUGCAACAUUACUUUAUUUCUCUUAAACAAAAGAUUUUUUCUAAAAUAAACGUAGCCUUAGUGACUCCUUAUUACGCCAGGUACCUGCCAAAAACUGUCAACAACAAACAGACAGACAGACAAAAAUUGUAAUAAAAAAUGUGUAUUUGGUGUAUGUACCGUAAAUAUAUUCAUAUUCAUGUAGUAAAAAGCGGUUAUUUCAAUAUUUCCAAACAGACACUCAAAUUUUAUUUAUAUGUAUAGAUAUUGGCAGUUCACACCACCGCAGUAUUUAAGUGGUGAGUGAUACUUAUAAAGUAUAUUCUGCAACAAGUGAGACAAGUUGUCGAUUGCCCACGAAAACGAAGUUGAACUUUGUAAUGUUUGGUCAGUCGCUUGAGUGGGUAAUCGACAACGUCGCACGAGUUGCAUAUACUAUUAUGUAUUACAAAUGCGACGAUUUAUGUAUUAUUUCCGACUCCAUAUUCGUAUUUAAACUUUUGUAACUUAAAUUAUAAUCUUAUUCAUUAAACACGGACUAGUAAUAAAAUAAGGACUCCGUGUCACCUUACAUAACAGUGUAUCACCAAAACAAGCCGAUUAACUUGUAAAUACAUAGCUCCACUCACACACUUACAAUACUACAGGCCGAUAGGCGGCCAUUAUGAGAAUUGUCAUCGUCUGUGAUAGAUCAGUUUGCGUCGCAAUAAAAUAUUUUAAAAAUGCCGUCGUGUGUUGUGAAAAAGUAUAAAAACGAUAGUAUAUAUGAUUAUUUAAGGGAGAAAAAAUUGUGUAACUGGUAUCCCCCGUAACCGUACACACACUAGCUUAACGGUGCAUCACUUGCUAAUAUCACGGUAUCAUUAGUAUUUUGUAUUUGCAGUAUUUUGCAGGUUUUAAAAAUAUAUAUUAGUUUAUGAUGGUAUGUAUUCAAGAACAAAGAAACUGGUUUUUCUUAGACCCGAUUACAAAGAGCUUUUACUCUACAAGAGGACUGUUGAGGGCGGUCGCGGAGUAAAGCUCUGUUCAAACUGAGGCGAAUAACGCGCGGGACGGAAGUCGCUCGCGCCGAUUGUGUCAGCUAACUUGUAUGGACGUGUUCAAAUUGCCGCGAUUAGUCGCUCAAGUUAAAGUGAAACAAGAGCAGGACGCCCGGCGGGAUUGUUUGAUCUCACAAUGCAUGAUGUUACUCCACUGAAGAACCAAAAAUGACACGCGGGAAGUCGCGUCAGUUUGAGAGGCUAAGCGAGCGAGCGAAUUACUCUAAGACGCGUCCCGCGCGUUAAUCGCCUCAGUUUGAACAGUUUUAAGCAAUUGUAGGUCAUCCACUUUCUGUAUACAAUGUAAAAUAAAACAAUCGUUCUGGUUUUAACGCCAUUUAAGGCAAAAGGAACAAUGUGAUCUGCAGGCGCGACCGUACCUUAGCAACGCAGGUGCGGUAUAGUGGGCUCAUGUGUCAAUAUAUUCUGUUGAAUACGUGUUUCGGGUUGUUACAUAUUUAAGUUAAAUUUAAUUUUCAUUUAGUUUUAUUAUGUAGGUAUUUAAAAGGAUUGUAAAUAGGCUGUAUGCAAUCAAUAAGGUAUUCAAUUGUACGAUAAUUUUCUAUAUUAUUUAAGUGUUUAAAAAAUUUGUAAUAAGGGCCGAGUGCAAUUGAUAAAAAACUAAUUUGUGCUAUUUUUUUUAAAUGAUUACUUAAAUGUUAAAAUUUUGUGAGUAGGACUGAAUGCAAUUAUAAUUAAUAAAUUUAUGCAAACCAAAACCGCAUGCAUGUACCGCGCGUGCGUUGUUUGGCAGUGAACAAGCACCAUUGUUUGAAUUGUUAUCCUCAAAGUUUUCCCUCGCAUUUGUAAAGCUUCGUAGUAUAGGAAUUAAUUGUAGUUAUUCGAUUAUUAAUAUUUAUAAAAUAAUGUGACCAAUUUUAUUGACUAUGCUUAUAUUUUACAUAAUUCCAAGAUUAUAUUGAGAAGUCAACAAGGCUCAUACGUUUUAAUUGUAUUGAAUUAAAAGUAAAUAAUUCAUGUUAACUUUAUUACUGGGGUGCUAUUCUAGUAAUUUCAAAAUCCUUGAUGUUAAUUUAUGAUCCUAUCCACAUUUGGCUCUAGUUUCGUAUUCCCCUAUCAUUUCCCUACAGCGUUAGCUGAAUCGGAGAUUCGAGUCAAAGACAUUUACGGCCGUCCCCAAUAUUCAGUCUAUCUCUUACGUGGUGGCUGUAUAAUCUUGUUACCGGGAGGUCUGCUUGAUGUGUUUUUUAUUAUUAUUAUUUCCUUUAAAGUUAUUAUAUAUUUUAUUUUAUGAAAUGCUCACAUAAUGCCUCUAUUUAUUUACGGUAUGUGUGGAUUGAUACAUCUACUAUACUCAAUAACUCUUGUGUUUAUAAGUAUUAAUUUUCAUUUUUUUUUUCUAUUUUUGACUUACUCGUGUAAGCCUUUCAGUUUUUGACAUUUGAGAAUUUUUGUUGCGUCUAUUUGCAUAUAUUGUAAUUGAAAUGAUUUGUAAAACAAUUAAAAUGUAAAUCUUGACUUAAAAGAGUGGCAAUGAGUUUCUCGCUACUUAUUCUCAUUAGCUCAACCCUUUACGAAGUAGCGGUAAAUUCAAUAAGAAACAAUAUUUUUAUUUUUUUUGACAUUCAUAAGUGUCAUUUCCGUGACCUACAUGAAUAAAGUGUUUUUGAAUUUGAAUACUUGAGAUAAAAAUCGUAACUAUCGUUGAAUUUUCUGUCCCAAUAAACUUAUCGACGGUAACUCACUUUAUCCGUCAACACCACAUAUAUUGGGACAGCUUCAGAUUAUUGACAGCUAAUUACUGACAGUAGAAGGUAGUUAUUUAUCUCUAUCUGUAGUUAGUAGAUUGGGAUCUGUCUGUCAAAUAUGUCACUUGAAAUGUACGGUUUGCAAAAAAAAUAACUUAUUUGCUUAUCAAUAUUAAUAGUCUUACAUCAUAUUUAAAUAAAACUAUUUAUAGUUGUAACUUAUCCAAAUAAUUAAAAUCAUAAUUGACUGACUCUACUCCUAUUAAUACCUAUACAUAAUGCACAUUUUCUUUUAUAUUUUUCAUUGAUUAUUGAUCUUAGCGAAAAUUCACCUAUUACAAUGGUAAAGAAUUUUCGUUUAUAUCGACAUAUAUAAUAUAAUAUUAUAUUGACACAUUUUUUACACAAAUUAUCUUGCCCCAAGUUAAGCAUAUAUAGCCUGUGUUAUGGAUUACAAGACAAUGAUAUAUAUAAUACAAUAUACUUACUUAAACAUACAUAUAUUCAUAUAAACAUACAUAAAUACAUUUAAACAUCCAUGACUCGGUAACAAACAUCCAUAUUCAUCAUAUAAAUGCUUGCACCUACCGGGAUUCGAACCCGGGACCUCUAGCUUAGUAGGUAGGAUCGCUAACCACUCGGCUAUACAGGUCGUCAAAACAUAAUCACUUGGAAUUGAAUAUUAUGUACUUUUGGAAAAAUAAUGGUAUGAACCAUUUGCACCAAGUUUCUAUAAAACCUAUGCACAUGCUGAACUUGGAAUCAAAUAGAUUUACAUUUUAUUUUUAUAAAUUCUAACUGGUUAGUACUUUUUCGGAAUAAAAACAACCUUAAAGCAACCUUUUUGAAAUAUAAAAGUACCUAAUGUUUAAAUAUUUGGAAAAUACUUUCCCUACGAUUACAAUUGUGGUUCUUUAAAGGUAUUUUUAAAGCAGUCAAUCAUUAUGUAUCAUUAUACCCAUCGCCACACCUCUCUUCUCCUCAACCACCUCUAGUCUAUUCGCCUCUCACUUCACACCGCAACACUAGCGCCACCUUUUCGACACCCGCUCCUCACUUCACUUUACUCGUUACAAUAUUUUGAUAAAAUAUUUAAAUGUCAGCAAUUUUAAGAUUCGUCUUAUAACAAGACCCGAAUCAUAUUAUAUGUUUUCUUAUGUAAAUUUAACUGAAUCUAUUGAAUCGCUCAGAUAAUGCAUAAUUGUUACUUAUAUUGAAUGUAUUUAAGGUUGAUAAUCGAAUAACUAUUGUAGCGAAUGGACCACACAAUAGUGCCAUAUCAUAAUAUUAUUGUUACAUUUUUAAUAAAACACAGUUUUCCAUAAA